UAUGGUUUGGAGCGUGAGAGGAGGAUAUCGGGCGUAUGUUUCGACCCCAGCGACUUCCGGUAGUUCCGUCAGCGUUUCCGUCACCACCGAAAUCGGACAGUUCGAUUUUCAAAACUGAAAGCCGCUUUUGACCACGCACAGCCUCGGAAUCGACAAGGUCACAUGACUGGCAGAAGUUAGUUGAAUUUGCUUAGGAAAGGAGGAUAAUAGGGUGUAUGCACAGGCUUGGCGAAAAGGCACGAAACAACUGCAGCUAACGGAGAAAUUUUUGAAAAACUUUUGUGUACAUGCAUAUGACGUGCACAUAUCGAUAAAGAAUUGUGCAGGUUUCGUGUAUGGGGAACAAAUUGACGAUUUUCAUAACUACACCCGCUUGUUGUGUGGUCGGAUGAUAACGUUGCGCGAUGCUUCAGUCUGAAAUGCACAAGAUGUCAUGACCGACUGCUGUGAGUUAUCGUGGAUAACAGCCUUUGAAACUUAAGCAUGACCCAACGAUAUCCUGAGUCACAAUGGGCAUCAGGCUUAGAGCGAGCAACAGGGAGUUCGUCCUCAACGGAAGCUUGGGAAGGUCGCGUCGACCCAUCCGGUAGGCUGUUUUACAUCGAAACACCUCCAGAGCCCAGCUGGGCUGAAAUCAAAGUCACCUUAUCGCUCGAGCAGCGACGUGGAGCAAAUCUGGGCCGCAAGGCUGGCCUUGCCGAACGGUUACUUGGACUUCGCAUCGGCCGUGGAGGCGCGGUCGAAGCUAUUCUUGUCGACCUCGAAGACCAGCUUGUCAAGGAAGGAGAUGUCAUUCAUCGCGUUGAGGGAAUCCCCGUCCAAGAUCGAGCGGGUAUCGAAAUGACUCUAUCGGGCCUUGCGCCCGGAGCACAGUCCGUCCGCCUGCACGUUCUGAGGCGAUCGCUUAAGAUAGAAGAAAAGGAUCAAGCCCCAACAAAACCUCCGCCAGACUUUUCACACCAAUUGCUGUACUUUCAACCUGGCGCCCGAGAAGCUUACAAAUUUCCAGAGUCUCCCGCCACAUCGAUUUCCGGCGCAUUUCCUACCUUGCACGACGCCCUGAAUAAUUCGUUUAAUUCAGGGGCGUCCGCAACGUCAAUUACGUAUGACCAACAGCUACACUCGAUCAGUUACGUCCAGCUGGCGUCCGGUGGUCUGCUGUGCGUCUCCGUUAGCGCGGACAUCGUUCCGUUGUCACUAAUACGUCCGGUUGUUGACCAGCUCCGUAUCACGGUCGCUGCCGAGUUCGGCUCGUUGGAAGAGUUGGACGAUGCAAUUGAACGGCGUCGACCACAUGUGGACGCAUUUUUCAGCCGGUACUUUCAUAGCUUACGCUCGGAGCCUGCAGACAGUCGAGCCUUAUCUUUGCCACAGCUGACGCUUAUGCCGGAUUCGGCUAAAGUUAAGCUCGAUACCGUGCUCUAUCGUUUUGAAGCAUGCGAACUGGAAGAUGGCGCGUAUGUUCGCACGCACCAUUUGCUUGGUAGCGUCGUUUUUAUGAACGACAGCACUGUCUGUUCACACUUGCAGCGGUCCCAUCUCGAGCUAAUGUUCCUGCUUUUACGACAAGAAUGCAUCUUUAGCACAGGAGAGAUUGCACGGACUAUUGUGUGGCGACCUAUACAUCUGCCAAAAGCAGACGUCGAUGUCAGCAUCACUGGAUCAAAUGCUGGGGGUGACGAUAGAUCGCAGGGUAAUAUUGGUACAAAUCCAGCGUCGAAUUUCCUUUUGGUCGUCUCCAGAGGAUUGUACGUUCUUGCCGCUUUUCUCGAGGUAAACCGGUUCUGUGUAAAUGACGGAAACCCAGCACCGGAUCCGUUCCUGAUCGACUGGGCGGAUGAAAACCUCACCAUCAUAAAAAAUGUGCUUGUCAAUGUCAGUCCCUUCGUUCUGAAAGACUUUAUCGUAUUAGAUGAAGCCCGAGGAUUCUACGUGGCUGAUCGGCAGAACUAUGAUAACGCGUUGUGGCGGUCCCUGCGUCGGCGCCAUCUAUCGAGCUAUGUUAUGGUAAAAGCAAACGAUGGCUCGUAUAUCGUAUGUCAAACAAUAGACGGGGUUGUUGUGGUUAAUCGGCAAAGUGUGCCACUGUACACGAUUGAAAACGCAAUUAAGGCCAUAAGAACGCUGGAGUUUUAAUGACCGUUUGUUUAUAUGACACGUUUAUGGUCGUUGCUCAUUAGGUAUUGUCACUGCGCAUAGAUUAUUCAAAUAGAACAUCUUUUAUAAGACAUUGUAUCGUCUAGUUUAAGCGAAAAAUAAAUCAUAACAAAACUAAUUUGUACACACGGCAUAGCCCAUGUUGCCUAAGAUUGUUGAUUUGGUUUCUCUUAGAUUUAAUUAUAAAUCUUUAGUUAGCAUGUCCUGCAUGUUUUAUGUAAAAAUAUCCUAUAAAUUUUGUGUUUUUUAUUUAAAGGUAAAAUCUUGGUUCUGUCAAAAGUUACAGAUUUUAAGCAAGUGGAGUAAAAUUUGAAGCGACAUUCAAGUAAAUAGGUAACUUCUUCGAUAUCGUGAUAGUAGAACACAAUACACUUUAUUUCAUAACGUUUAACUAGGCUUCCGGGGUAGACAUGAUAUAGCAAAGAUGCUGGAGGACCUCGUUGAGAACUUGCCUAAGCGGGUUGGUGCUGUGAUUGCCUUCCAGCUAAUGCAAGUUUUACAUGCAACUUAUUUUUAAAUUAAGAACUUGAUGAAGUAACCAUACAGUGGGUACACGAACCGGUAGUUCAACUCAAUUUAUUUAGCACAUAUAUUUAAAUAGUACCGUUGAUGCCAGUGUCUUCUACUAGUCACUAAACCGAGCUAUUCAGAGAAUUCGCCUGAAAUGAACAAAUAAAACUUUUUGUAACUAAUUUGUAAACCUCUCCUAAGAACGAAAAUAUUAUAUACCUUAAAUAAGACAGUAUGGUCCGACACGGUAACAUCAGACAUGGAAUUCUAUCACGAAAUGGCCAUGACUAUUUUUAAGCAAAGUUGUUUAGUUCUAAGGGAGCUUAAAAUAUAGAGAUUUCAUAUGCUAACAACAAUUCCAUUAAAAGUGACGGUUUCGACAAAUAAGUCAUUACGUGAACGUGUGCCCAUGUGCGCAGUUUUAUUCUGUUUGGAGGUCUAUGCGGCUGUUUAUUUUUGAAAACCUUUAUUCGGUCUCUAUGAUUGAGCGGAUUCCAUACUACGUGGCUUCAGCCGGCAUUUUCAACCGCAGUUCUACUAAAUCCACGUUUCCCUCUGCUCCAAGUUCUGGAUCGACACUUGUUGAAAAAUGCUCUUACCAUGUGCAACGAACUAAUUACAUUCGUGCUUACAAGGCACCAUUGCCGUUAUACCCAUCUAUAUA